AUGAAGUUCCUCGGGCAGUCCAGGAGCCAGACGGCUGCUUUCUUGCCUCUUUGCUUCUUCUUUUUGAGGAUUCUACAGCCAGGGUACAGCCACCUUUACAGCAACCGCUAUGCGGGUGAUAAGGUGAUAAGACUUAUUCCCAAUACAGAAGAAGAAGCAUAUGCACUGAAGAAAAUAUACCGGCAACUUAAGGUGGACCUGUGGCAGCCCAGAAGUAUCUCCUAUGUAUCAGAGGGAACUGUUACUGAUGUUCAUAUUCCCCAAAGUGGUUGCCGGACCCUGUUAGCCUUCUUACAGGAAACCAACAUUCAGUACAAGAUCCUCAUCGAAGAUCUUCAGAAAGCACUGGAAAAUGGGAGCAGUUUGCAAACCCAGAGAAACCGAAGAUCCCUCUCUGCAUAUAAUUAUGAAGUUUAUCACUCUUUAGAAGAAAUUCAAAAUUGGAUGUAUCAUCUGAAUAAAACUCAUUCAUCACUCAUUCACAUGUUCUCUAUUGGAAAAUCAUAUGAGGGAAGACCUCUUUUUGUUUUAAAGCUGGGCAGGAGAUCUCGAGCUUACAAAAAAGCUGUGUGGAUAGACUGUGGUAUGCAUGCAAGAGAAUGGAUUGGUCCUGCCUUUUGCCAGUGGUUUGUAAAAGAAGCUCUUCUGACCUAUAAGAGUGACCCAACUAUGAGGAAAAUGUUGAAUUAUCUGCAUUUCUAUGUCAUGCCUGUGUUUAAUGUUGAUGGAUACCAUUUUAGCUGGACUAAUGAUCGAUUUUGGAGAAAAACAAGGUCAAGGAACUCAAUGUUUGGAUGCCGCGGAGUUGAUGCAAAUCGGAACUGGAAAGUGAAAUGGUGUGAUGUUGGAGCUUCUAUGCACCCCUGUGAUGACACAUACUGUGGACCUUUCCCAGAAUCUGAACCAGAAGUGAAAGCUGUAGCUAAAUUUCUUCGAAAACACAGGAAGCACAUUAAGGCUUACCUCUCCUUCCAUGCAUAUGCUCAGAUAUUGCUGUAUCCCUAUUCUUACAAGCGUGCAAAUCCCAAUUUUAAUUGUGUGGAAUCUGCAGCUCAUAAAGCUGUCAACGCACUUCAGUCGGUAUAUGGGGUGAGGUACCGACACGGACCUGCCUCCAGCACACUGUAUGUGAGUUCUGGCAGCUCAAUGGAUUGGGCCUACAAAAAUGGAAUACCUUACACAUUUGCUUUUGAACUACGUGACACAGGACAUUUUGGAUUUUUACUCCCAGAGAUGCUCAUCAGACCUACCUGUACAGAGACCAUGCUGGCUGUGAAGAAUAUCACGAUGCACCUACUAAAGAAGUGUCCCUGA